AACCAUCUUCACAAUCAAGUCCUACGUGCCAUGGAACCAAAGAGGCCUGCUGCUAAAAGUUCUCCAAGAAGAAGGACAGAAGAUGCUGCAGAAGAAGAGAGAUGCCCCUGGGGUUUUCCAGCUGGCCUCUCUCUUGGUGGAGCUGGACCCCUCUGAUGAAGCAUCACGGAUCCUUUGUGCUGAUGCCCUCUACCAGAUGGGCUGUGUAGAAGAAGCUCACAAGCUCCUCUCAGUAGCACUCUCCAGAAACCCACAGAGAUCUCCCAUCCUGGCUAGGCUUGCACUUCUGCAGCUCAAGAAAGGAUUCAUGUAUGAUGGCAACCAGCUGCUAAAGAAAGUGAUCAGAAUUGGAGACACCUCCUGCCUGCUGCCAAUCAUGGACAUUUUCAAAGAUGAGGACAGGAAGCUGAUGCAAAGGCACUGCCACUUCAGAGCACUGACCAUCCUGAAGAACACACAGGAGGAUGCUGACAUCAAGGAGGCCAUUGCCUACCUUUCCUUUGCCAUCAUUGCUUCAGGUGGCUAUGCUGAGGAUUGUCUUCUCAUCAGGGCUCGAUGCUAUGGCCGCCUUGGCCAGAAGAAAACUGCCAUUUUUGAUUUCAAUGCCAUCCUGAAAGAGGACCCCAGGAACGUGAAAGCUCUGAGUGGACGAGGACUGAUUUACCUUGCUCUGAAGCAGCAGAAGGAGGCAGUGCAAGAUUUGAUCUCAGCACUGAAGGUGGAGGCAGGAGCAGUGAUCCAAACCAUCCUGUCCUUAAAGCAUGAACCCCAAGGGCUGAUCACUCAGUGGCUCCUUCAGCAUGGCAGGACUGCGUUAGCUGAGCUCGUUGCUACCAAAGACCUUUCAAGAGAAGAAACCCUCAGGGAUCUUCUGCUGAUUGCAAAAGCACUCAUUAAGAUUUGCAGGGAUGUGCAGUACCACAUCUUCUACACAGAUGUUUUGAUUGCAAAUGGUAAGUAUGAAGAGGCCCUUACUCACCUGCAGAAAGCAUUUGGCCACUCCCUUGGUGAUGACUUUGCUGGUGCAAGGCUGGCAGUGCUGCAGCUGAAGAGGAGGAACCUGGCAGUGGCAGCUCACUCCUUCAGCAUCCUGGCCAAGAGAGACGAAGGGGAGUUGGAGUUCCUCCUGAACUUUGUAGAUGCUAAGCAACAGCAGCACCUCUGUAAGGCAGCAGCCCAGGAAGGAAAUGCACUGACUAAGAGCCGCCGCUACGAGAAGGCUCUCGGUUAUUACACCCUGGCUGUCUUGGCCAGCAAAGAUAACCCAAGGUACCUGAGGCAGAGAGCUGCUUGCCUCAUGCACCUGAAGAGAUAUGACAAAGCUUUAAAAGAUAUGGAGAAAGUGAUCCAGAGGCACAGCUCCAACAGCCUCAAAACGCAGGUGGAGGACCUCUGCGCCAAGGGUCGCCUGCUGCUGUGCAUGGCUGAGGAAGCAGCAGCAGUCCAGCAGUAUAUUGAGGCGCUGCAGCUGGAGGAGUCCAUAGCCUUGUGCAGCAUCAUGAAUGCUCCUGGCAGUGACAUUUUAAGCAAGACAUUUCAUAAGGUUGCACAACACAACUUCGACACUCAGCGCUACGAAGAGGCCUGGAAGAUCACAGACUAUGGGCUGAAGAUUGAUAACAACACCGAACUGAAAAAGCUGAAAACGAGGCUGAAGAGAGAGGCAUCGAGCUGUAGCAUACACUAA